CCCAGUAACAAACAGCAAACAUGGAGGACGUGAGCCGCUGAUGAUUUUACUAUAAAAUCACCCUGGAUUACCAAAUAAAAGAAACAUGAUACGCAGAUCGAGAAUCAGUGUUCGGCCCAAUGUAAAGCCCACAGGCCGAGCUCAGACAGCCUCUCGAGAUGCAUCUGUAGAUAAUGUUCAGCAUCCCCAGUCUUCUGUUGACUCCGCUUCAUCUGAGGGGUCACAGGUCACGGCUGAGAAGUUGAAGACUGACUCGCCUAUAGCAGCUUUGGAGCCGACCAAUGAGGAAGCGUCUCAGAGUAGCUGCCCUAGAGACCAGUUGGAGACUAGUAGACAUGGAGAGGAUGCAGCAUCUAAAAGUUCUAAUGCCCAGGAUUCAACCAACCCCAGACUUCCUGGAAGACGGAGACCUUCUGGAGGAGGCAGACAGGCCAAAGUUCAGCCCAUCCCUGCAGCCCCACUGCAGAAUGACCAAGAGACAGAGACGCAGAAGGAUGGGGGAUUGGAGGACACUCUUGUGCCGCUGACUGUCCAGCAAAGGGAGUCCCAACAGCCCCUUAUAACUUCCCAACCUGAGACUGUUUUGGUUCAUGAAAACCCUCUGGCUCGUCCUGCUGUGGAAGGCGUGGCUGUACUACAGGAGAGUGAUUCUGGGCCUCCUCCAGGCCAAAGCCAAAUGGAUCUGUUAAGAGAAAGACUUAAGAAACUUAAGUCACCAUCGAAGCUAGUCAAUUCCUUGAAAUCUCUGAACGACCCAGCAGACAUGGUCAGGUUAGCUCAGGCAAGGAAACUUCGGGAGCUUCUUAAAAAAGAAAUGAAAAAACAAAAGGAAGACAAGAAGAAACCCAAGAUGGGAAUCAGAGAAUGCAAGGCACCCAAAGACCACGCCAAAAUGACCAUGAGAGAGCUGAUCUAUUACCUCCCUGUAUCCAACCCAAUGAAGUCUUUCACAGAAGAGGAGCAGAUAGCUUCAGAGACAGUAUUAGAUGACUCUUCUACACCAGCUCCUUCUAAGACUCCAGCUGCUCCAUCAGUUCAGGAGAUGGUUGUAGAAGAUGAUGGUCAUGAAGAAGACGAGGAAAGAAUAGAAGAAUCUCAGCUGGAGAAGGAAGAGCCUCUUCUAGUGCCCAGGGUGAAGGUGGCGGAGGAUGGUUCUCUGAUUAUAGAUGAGGAGAGUUUAACAGUCCAGGUGUCAAAGACAAAAGGACCCAAUCCGGCAGAAGACAGAGAUCCCAUAUUUGAACGUGGCUCUACCACCACCUACUCCAGCUUUAGGAAGGGCACCUACACCAAACCCUGGUCCAGUGGAGAGACUGAAAUGUUUUACUUGGCCAUCAGCAUGGUGGGGACAGACUUCUCCAUGAUUGGUCAGCUGUUUCCUCACCGAGCUCGAAUGGAGAUUAAG